AUGACCGUUCACGUCUUUGGAAAUAGUCCUUCACCAGCCAUCGCAACCUAUGGAUUACGCAAGACUGUUAAGGAAGUAGAAAAUGUGUUUGGACUUGAUGUGACUCAGUAUGUGGAACGUAAUUUUUAUGUGGAUGAUGGUUUAACAUCUCAAUCGAGUGUAGAAAAUGCCGUCGAUUUGAUGAAAAGAACACAGGGGGCCUUGCGUCAUGGAAAAUUAUGCCUUCACAAAAUAGCUUCAAACAAACAGGAAGUCAUGAAUGCAUUUCCACCAAGUGAUCUGUCAAGUGAAAUGAAAGACUUAGAUUUAUCGAAAGACGAUCUACCAACACAACGUAGUCUUGGACUAAAUUGGGAUUUGCACUCUGAUUCGUUUUUCUUUGAAAUUUCGAAUGACGACAAACCAUUUACAAGACGAGGUGUGCUAUCUACCAUCAACAGAAUAUUUGACCCCCUUGGAUUUCUAGCCCCAAUCAUCAUCCAAGGCAAGUCACUAAUGAGGAACCUAAUUCAGAAAACGGUCGACUGGGAUGAACCUCUACCAGAAAAGCAGUCUACUCAGUGGAAAAAUUGGAGGGAUUCUUUGCGACAUCUCCAAAAUGUACACGUUCCAAGACUUUACUUAGAUCAGUCAUUUAGUGAGAAAAGAAACAAAACAAUUCAUGUAUUUUGUGAUGCUUCAGAAUCGGCUAUAUCAGCAGUGGCUUAUGUCGAAUCAGAUGGGAACUUAGGAUUUAUUCUCGGAAAGUCAAAACUCGCACCAUUAAAAGGACAUUCUAUCCCUCGUUUAGAACUUUGUGGUGCCGUGUUAGCAGUGGAAAUUGCUAAGUGCGUGUCUGAACAAUUGGAACUACCCAUUGAACAUUUCAAAUUCUAUUCCGAUAGUAAAUUAGUAUUGGGAUUAGGAGGUUUUAUCAGUAUGUGGCAAACAGAGUGA